AUGGUCAAGAACUCCGUGACAGCACCUAGAAAGCACCCGAAGACGAACACCGAGAGCACUGGUGACGUCCUGAACAGUCUCGCAGAUGUUGUCUACAAUUCAACAGUCAUUGAGUAUCUACCCCUCCUGGCCCUGGUCCAAACAGUACGAUGCUUACCCGAUGGAUGA